AUGGCACAGACCAAUGGUGAGAUUCAGUACUCGAAAGAGUCUGCGGAACCGCUCACCAACGGCAACCACCCCGAGGGUCAGGAGGAGGGAGAAAAUAAUGGUGGCCUCUUCCAGAUCUCCGUGAAGCUCCCUCAUGAGCCCUACAAGAUCCAGGUAAUGGUUUCGAGUCAGGAACAAGUCCAAGAUGUUCGUCAAUCGAUCGUCGAGUUACCCAGCACCUUCCAGUACACUUGCUUCCACCUGGAAUUCAAUGGCCGCCGCAUCAACGACUUUGUGGAGCUGUCGGAGGUGGCAGAUCUCAAGGCCGAUUCCGAGAUUGUCCUCGUGGAGGACCCGUACACCGAGAAGGAGUCCCGCAUGCACGUGGUGCGCAUGAGGGAGCUGGUCGGUGCUGCUGGCGACAGAGUUGACAACCUCCAUGGCAUCGAAGCGGGUCUGUCACUGCACGACGCGAUAGCUACCGAGGCGGUCGCCGGCGAGAACUCGGAUAAGGACCAUUCGUUGUCCAAGUAUGAUAUUGCUGGUUCUUCGUCUCUGAAAACCAUUCUUCCUAGAACCGAAGCUCCCCUCCCGAAAACAGUCAAAGCCAUUUCGCUGUCGCCGUGGAACCCCCCUCCUCACCACCUCCGACAGAAAGGCCAUUUGCUCUACCUCCAGGUUACCACCAAUGAGGGAGAGCAGUUCCAGAUCACAUCCCACGUGUCUGGAUUCUACGUGAACAAGUGCUCGAAUGUCAAGUUCGAUCCUUUCCCCAAGACGGUCCCGAAGAAGGGCAGUGCACAUUCGCUCCUGACCCUAAUCUCUCACCUCUCGCCCUCGUUCAGUUCGGCCUUUGAGGCCCUGCAGGAGUCCAACAACCAGAAGGAUCUCCUGACCACCUUUCCCUUCCAGAACGCCAUUCCAAAUAGCCCAUGGCUUGUGCCCCCACCCUUGUCGAAUGUGAAUGCUCACCAGCCCGACAUUACUCGAUCCCAGGAGAACUACCUGAUCUCCGGAGUGGACAAUGCGGAAACGCUGAGAGACUGGAACGAGGAGUUUCAAACCACUCGGGAGCUGCCCCGCGAGACGGUCCAAGAUCGGGUUUUCCGUGAACGCCUGACGUCGAAGUUGUUUGCCGAUUACAACGAGGCUGCUGCCCGUGGUGCCGUCUUGGUCGCCAAGGGUGAGGUUGCACCGUUGAACCCGACGGAAGGCCAGGACGCCCAGAUCUUCGUGUACAACAACAUCUUCUAUUCAUUCGGUGCGGAUGGUGUUGGAACUUUCGCGUCCGAGGGUGGCGAUGAAGCAGCCCGCGUGGCCGUUAGCAAGGACGUCCUGGGUAUCAAGGCCGUCAACCAGCUCGACAUCAACGGCCUGUUCACCCCUGGCACCGUGGUGGUUGAUUACCUUGGAAAGCGUAUUGUCGGUCAGAGUAUUGUCCCCGGAAUCUUCAAGCAGCGUGAGCCAGGAGAGCACCAGAUCGACUACGGUGGUGUUGAAGGCAAGGAUGUUGUCGCGACCCACUCCGAUUUCGUGCCAGUUUUCGAAAAGCUAUCCAAGGCUCUCCGGAUCAAAAAGCAUGCGGUGUGGGACAAGGAAGCAAAGCGUCACGAUCUCGAAGGCAGUGUGGAAACGAAGGGUUUGCUGGGCACGGACGGCAGGAAGUACGUCUUGGACCUCUACCGUGUCACGCCUCUGGAUGUUACGUGGCAGGAGGAGCCGGAAACUGACACCUAUCCUCAUCGGAUGUCGGUCUUGCGUCUGGAAUUGGUCGAGGCGUACUGGAGACACAAGAUGAGCCAGUAUGUCAAGGCCGAAGUGGAGCGCCGUCGCAGCGCCAAGGCCGAGGAGGCGGCUUCCAACGAGCGCUCCGAAGAAACUGCGGAACCUAAAGAGGAGGGCUCUGAGAAGAAGAGCGAGGAGUCAUCUGAUCAGGAGCGGGUUGACAUCUCGGGAUUCUCAUUGGCCCUGAACCCUGACGUGUGCAGCGGCCAGGUGCCUCAGACUGAUGAAGAGAAGGAGCAGUGGGCCCAGGACGAGAAGGAGGUCCGCGAGGCUUGUGACUUCUUGCGGACCAAGGUCAUGCCGGAGCUGAUUCAGGACCUGCACGACGGAGAUGUGGGCUUCCCGAUGGAUGGACAGUCCCUCAGCCAGCUCUUGCACAAGCGUGGUAUCAACAUCCGCUACCUCGGAAAGUUGGCUCAGCUAUCUGGGGAUAAGGGCACACGCCUUGAAGCCUUGACGACUCUCCUUGUCCAGGAAAUGAUUGCUCGUGGCUUUAAGCACAUUGCUAACCGCUACCUGCGCAACGUGCCGGCACCGUUUGUCGCCUCGUGCUUGGCUCACUUGCUGAACUGUCUCCUUGGUGCCGAUGUGAACCCAAAUCCUCGCGCGGAGAUCGAUGCUUCCCUGCGGGCUAUUUACACCAAGGACGAUUUCUCCUUCGAGAAGGUCACCCCAGCUUCCCUCCGGGUAGAGAUUGAGAAGCAGGUCAUCAUGAGGUACCGCUUCUCUCUCGCGCCUGAGUGGUUCAACUCCUUGAGACAUCUCCAGCUUCUCCGUGAUAUCUCUAUCAAGCUUGGGCUUCAGCUUGGCGCGCGGGACUUUGCAUUUACCAAGUCACAGCUUCCUAUCAGGGUGUCCGCCACUAACGGCGUCAAUGGCACUGGCCAGGAGGACAACAAGAAGAAAAAGAAGAAGGGCAGUGAUUCCAACUCCCCGGCUCGCGCCGCUGUGGAGGAGAAACCCUCGGUUUCGAUUCUUCCGGAUGACAUCCUCAACAUUGUGCCUCUGGUCAAGGAUGCUUCGCCUCGGAGUUCCCUUGCAGAGGAGGCCUUGGAGGCCGGACGUAUCUCCCUCAUGCAGAACCAGAAGCAACUGGGUCAGGAGCUCAUCCUCGAAUCUCUCUCGUUGCAUGAGCAGAUCUACGGUAUCCUUCACCCGGAGGUUGCCAAGCUCUACCACCAACUAUCCAUGCUCUACUACCAGACGGACGAGAAAGAGGCCGCUGUUGAGUUGGCACGCAAGGCUGUCAUCGUUACUGAACGCACAUUGGGUAUUGACUCUGCUGACACUAUCCUAAGCUACCUCAACCUCAGCCUGUUCGAACACGCCUCUGGAAAUACAAAGACGGCGUUGGCCUAUAUCCGCCAUGCCAUGGAUCUGUGGAAGAUCAUCUACGGAUCCAACCACCCCGAUUCGAUCACCACCAUGAACAAUGCGGCCGUGAUGCUGCAGCACCUCAAGCAGUACUCCGAUUCCCGGAAGUGGUUCGAGGCUUCACUUGUUGUGUGCGAGUCGCUCUUCGGCAAGCAGUCCAUUAAUACUGCGACCAUCUUGUUCCAGCUGGCACAAGCGCUGGCUCUCGACCAGGACUCGAAGGGUGCCGUUGGCAAGAUGCGGGAUGCCUACAACAUCUUCCUCAAUCAACUGGGUCCCAACGAUCGGAACACCAAGGAGGCGGAGACCUGGCUGGAACAGCUCACUCAAAAUGCUGUCUCUAUUGCCAAACAUGCCAAAGAUAUCCAGGCUCGACGGCUGCGCCGUAUCAACAUGAACACCCGUUCCAUUGGCACCAAAGUUCAGCCUCAGGUUGGUCAACCGGCGUCUGAAGCGGCCAGUACUGCAAAUGCCUCGUUGGACGCUCGGAGUGUCGACGAAUUGCUGAAAUUCAUUGAAGGUGGUGACACCGGUUCUUCACGGGCUAAGCAGAAGAAGCGUGCCGCUGCCAACAACCCUAAGCUUCGCGGCUCGAAGAAAUCAACUGCCUAA